AUGUUUCAAUUGGCUCCUUCUAAGCCCGACAUAUCCGUUCCAUGGACUGAGAUACCAAGUUUAUGCAGUGAAGAAACUUCUCACGUCCGUUUAAACAAUCAUCCUAUUGAAAGGAGCAAAAAAGAUGGUGAAUUGGGUGGCUGGAAUUCUAUACAGUCACUCUCUAACAGUUCUUACACUUCGGAUAAUGUCUAUGUGCAUCCACUCGAUAAGCAGUCUUCUCGUGCAAUGAGCACAAAAAGUCUUGAAAUUUGCACUGAGAGCUUGGGAUGUGAGACUGGAAGCAAAAUUAACGGAGGCAUGGAUGAAUUUACUUCUCUUCUAUCAAUGGACAGACAAAAUCCCAGUGCAACUCAACGUCCAAAAACCCGAGAUAUCUCCAAGAUAAGUAAGACCAGGAGCUUUCCACCUCCAUUGACUUCCAUCUGUGGCUCUAAUGGUGUUCGAGUGAGUACUCAUCGCGAAGGGGGCCGGCUAUUGCUAAAGGCCGUAAAUUCAUCUUCUUGCAAUGUUCAUUUCCAAACCGAACGUGAAAAUGGCAGGCUAAGGCUUUCCUUGGCCAAAGAAGACUGCAAGCAUUUUAAAAAACAAGUGGCGGACGAGAAUGAAGAAGAAGAUUUACUUGACGAAAAGGACUACGACGACGAAGAAGAGAAUGCAUGUGAAACUGAAAAUGAGUUCUCUGAUAAUAACAAUGGCGGAGGAGAAGGCGAAGCUGAUUUUAAUGGCGGACUUUGGGGGGAAAAUGGAGGGAAAAUUAGGUGUAAAAUUGGAAGUUCAGAGUGGAGUAGCAGAAAGCGGCUGCCAAGUUUGCAUUUUUGUGUGGCUAUUUCCUAA